AUGGCUUUCUCUCACCGUCACGUAGUCGAGGACUGCAUGGGCCUCCUCCAACUCUUCAACGAUGGCACCGUUUUCCGCUCCAAAGACAUACAAUUCAACCAACCUUCACCCACCCCACACGACCACCUCGUACAAUUCAAAGACUACCUCUUCAACAAGAAGUUCAACCUCCACCUCCGCCUCUACAAACCCAAAUUCAUCAACAACGAGAAGCUGCCCGUUGUCAUGUUCCUCCACGGUGGAGGCUUCUGCUUCGGCUCGCGCGCGUGGCCUCACCUUCAUGGCUGCUGUGUGCGUCUCGCCGCGAGCCUCCACGCCGUUGUGAUGGCGCCGGACUAUCGUUUGGCGCCAGAACACCGCCUUCCUGCGGCGGUGGAUGACGGGGUGGAGGCGCUGCGGUGGAUGCAGAGACAGGGUCUCGGGGAGCACGGCGAGGAUGCGUGGGUGAGCCAGGGCGUUGACUUUGACCGUGUGUUUGCGGUGGGUGACUCGUCUGGCGGGAACAUUGCGCACCACUUGGCGGUUCAGUUGGGUUCCGGUUCGAGAGAGAUGGAGCCGGUUCGAGUACGAGGUUACGUGUUAAUGGGACCCUUUUUCGGUGGGGUUGUUCGGACCAGGUCGGAGGUGGGUCCCUCGGAGCAAAUGCUGACCCUUGAAAUGUUGGACAGAUUUUGGAGGCUGUCGAUGCCUAUUGGAGAGAGCAGAGACCACCCAUUGGCGAACCCAUUUGGACCUAAAAGUCCAAACCUUGAACAUGUGAAGCUUGACCCUAUUUUAGUCAUAGUUGGUGGCAAUGAAUUGCUCAAGGACAGAGCUGAAGAUUAUGCAAGAAGGCUCAAAGAACUAGGGAAGAACAUUGAAUACGUUGAGUUUGAGGGGAAGGAACAUGGUUUUUUCACUCAUGAUUCAUACUCAGAGGCUGCAGAUGAGGUCCUGCAGAUGCUUAAACGGUUCAUACUUGAAAAUUCUAGUUAG